AUGCGCACAUCAUGCAAGUCCGCUUCGACGGGGUCUCUCAAGCAGCGAGGCAUAUCGCCUCUGUGCAUCUCAUCCUAUUGCUUUAAGUUGAUGACAAAACGUAAAGCAAAAUUCUUUCAGGGCUCAAAGUGUCAAAUGAAAUCACACAUCGGAAAUGUGUGCUUACGGCUCCUUCAAAUAACACGCAGACUUGAAGUGGUGUUUGUGGCAAUCUCAGCUAAAACAUUGACACAUGAUUCAUCCCGCACCAGGCUCAGUGCAUUCCAAAGUCAAACUUCCUUUGCCAAAGCUUGUGACCGUAUUAAAGAGCGAGAGCUUAAUGCAGCGGAUGAAUUUCCAUCAAACCUAAUGCAUUUGAUGACCCCGAAGACCCGAUCAUAA